AUGGCUGCGUUGAUGCAAUCGAACAACGAACCUGUCUCCAUCUCUGCGCCACUGCCCGGCUCGUCCGCUCCGAUCCUAUCGACCUCGUCGGAGUCGAUCGCCUUCUUCAAACAACCGAGGCCUGAUUCCAGCCUGACGUCUAUCGCCAGCGCCGGAUUGAACGUCUCUCGCUCAAGAGAAUUAUUACCGCCAAUGACGACCGCUAGUUCAGUUUCCGGUUCGAUGGACCGACCACUCGAACAGGAGAAAGGGUCAGAGCAGCACAAUUCACAAGUCGCGAGGGAGGCACUCGGCGCCAGCGAAAAGCAGCAGGAUAGCUCGGCGCCAGAUUGCAUACCUUUGUCCUCAGAUCAAAUGCAGGUAGAUUCGAAUCCAGCCCCGGGAAAUACGCCUGAUGCCUUCGGCACAGCCGAAAAUAACCCGACCCUGAUGACUACCUCAACAGUAGCCAGUCCUGGUCCAAUCGAGGACUCGGCCUCUCAUGAUGGAGAACAUCCUCGCCAUCGAGAGGGACUGUCUCAAGAACCAGGAACUAAGGCGUUUUCAUACCCAAUGCCCACAGCCAGCUUAAACGACCCGCGCCGUGGCCUGAGCCUACCCAAUUCUGGCUUUCACAAAGGCCAGCGGUCACCGUCGGCAAAGAAGCACCGUUGCCCUUAUUGCUCGACAGAAUUCACAAGGCAUCAUAAUCUCAAGAGCCACCUUCUCACCCAUAGCCAGGAGAAGCCUUAUGUUUGUCAGACCUGUCAAUCACGCUUUCGCCGACUUCAUGAUCUCAAGAGACAUACCAAAUUACACACCGGUGAACGGCCACACAUCUGUCCCAAAUGUGGGCGCAGGUUUGCUCGCGGGGACGCGUUAGCUCGCCACAACAAAGGCCAAGGGGGCUGCGCCGGUCGUCGUGCCAGUAUGGGAAGCUAUGCUCCUGAGGAUGAAUACGGCGACGCUGCAGCUGCCGGGGCGGCGGAUGACACCAUGGAUGGGCUUGUAUAUGCUGAACCGGAGCGUAUGGAUGAGGAAGAAGAACGGCGACUCAAUAUGCCUAGUAUCAAGAAGCACGAUUUACCAACAGAAUCGAUCUCUCGAGCUAAUACUGCGCCGAGUUACCCGUCGCGCCAGCCGAGCACGUAUCCCCCCAUCGCAUCCGGCAGACCAUCUCCAGGGGGUCUUUUUCCGCCACCUAGCCACGGCGGCUCAAGCGCGUCGACCUCGCCGAUUUCGCAGUCGGCCAACAUCGCGUUCCCACCCUCCGGUCAGCCAUCGGGCUCGUCUGUAUUCCCCACCAAUAUAACUGAAAGCCCAAAGCCACUUUCUCCCAAUGCUUUAUCGUCUCACCAACUCGGUCACAACCCGGAGAAUAAUGCCCAGCUGCACAGGGCUCAUUCGCCUGGUCUUUCUCAAUCUUUUCAGCAACAAGGGCAACAACCGUACAGCAGGGCUGGUCCCUCAGCGGCUCCAGGGCUGGGCCUUCCCCCUCCUCAAUCGUCUGCACCCCAGCUUCCCCCGCCUCCUGGCUUAAGCUCUUCUGACACCCGGUUUGCACUUCAUUCACAAGGAUCUGGCCCCCCGCCUGCCUCGACUGGCACCAAACAUACCCCUUCCCACAGUCAUUCAAGCAAUCACAGCGGGCCAUUGACCUCUAAACCAGGACCGGAAGCAGCUUUGAACAAUGGCAGUCAGCUGCCCGGCUCUCAUGAAGCCAUUUAUCUCGAUCAGAGUCGUGACAGGGAAGAAAAGCUCUGGGCAUAUAUUCGCUCUGUCCAUGAGGAGUUGAACGGUCUGAAAGCAGAAGUUGCUUCGCUAAGGGUACAAUUGGCGUCAGCCAAUGUUAAUGCAUUAGCAACCUCCAGCGUGCCGCCAUCUCAGCCAGAGUCUGGUAGUGUCACUGCUGGGCCACGCUGA